GCGCACAGAGUCGAUCAGGGUGUGAGUAGGCUGCAGAGUGGCAACUGAGAAGAACAUGCUGCUGUCCUUGAUCCUCACCGCUGGGCUCACAGCACUCGUAGCUGCUGGGCAAAAAGCAGAGCAGCCAGAAGUGGUGACCAAAUACGGCACUGCCCGAGGAUACCAAAUCAGAGUUGAUGCGGCUGAGAGGAGCGUAAAUGUCUUUCUGGGACUUCCUUUUGCUAAGCCUCCUGUUGGACCACUGAGGUUUUCUGAGCCCCAGCCUCCUCAGCCAUGGGAAGGUGUCAGAGAUGCCACUUCCUACCCACCAAUGUGUCUACAGGACAAAGUAACAGGACAGUUUGUUUCGGAUGUUGUUACAAAUAGAAAAGAAAAAGUUCAUCUCCGGAUGUCUGAAGAUUGCUUAUACCUGAAUAUAUACACACCUGUUUCUACAAAAACACAGGAGAAGCUGCCGGUCUUUGUAUGGAUCCAUGGAGGUGCAUUAGUUCUUGGAGCAGCAUCAUCCUAUGAUGGCUCAGCAUUAGCAGCCUUUGACAACGUGGUUGUUGUGGCAAUUCAGUACAGAUUGGGUAUAGCUGGAUACUUUAGCACUGGGGAUAGGCAUGCUCGUGGUAACUGGGGGUAUUUGGACCAAGUGGCAGCUCUUCAGUGGAUUCAGGAAAAUAUCAUACACUUUGGAGGAGACCCGGGAUCUGUCACCAUCUGUGGUGAAUCUGCAGGGGGAAUCAGUGUAUCUGCUCUGGUCUUAUCUCCACUGGCAAAGGGCUUGUUCCACAAGGCCAUUUCAGAGAGUGGUACUACAAUUAGGACUUUAUUCACUGAAAAGCCUGAGAAGGAAGCACAGAGAAUUGCUGCUGCAUCUGGCUGUGAAAAGUCCAGUUCUGCCGCUCUGGUUGAAUGCUUAAGAGGAAAAACAGAGGAAGAGUUAGUACAGAUAACUCUAAAAAUGGCAGCUGUGCACAUCAGUGCCUGUGUGGAUGGUGUAUUUCUUCCAAAGAGUCCCAGGCAAUUACUGUCUGAAAAAGCAAUCAAUGCAAUCCCCUACAUACUAGGAAUAAAUAACUGUGAAUUUGGAUGGGGCCUUCCUAAAAUGAUGAAAUUUCCUGAUUUUACACACGGUCUGGACAGAGAAGUUGCGUAUCAAUUGUUACAGAACUCAUUAGAGUCAUCAUUUGAGGGUGUUUCUUCUCACACUGUUGAUCUUGUAUUCAAUGAAUACAUUGGGAAAGCAGAGAGCCGUGCUCAGGUGCGAGAUGCCCUUUUUGAUGCAAUAGGAGAUCACAUGUUUGUUUUCUCUGCCAUUGAAGUGGCUAGGUACCACAGAGAUGCUGGCCACCCAGUCUACUUCUAUGAAUUUCAACAUCGACCAAGCUCAGCCUCAGGCGUUGUUCCAGAGUUUGUAAAAGCAGAUCAUGGAAGUGAGAUUGCCUUUGUCUUUGGAAGGCCAUUCUUAGCAGGGAAUGCUACAGAAGGAGAAAGUAAACUUAGCAGAACUGUUAUGAAGUACUGGACUAACUUUGCUAGAAACGGAAAUCCCAAUGGGGAAGGCUUGGUGCAUUGGCCUCAGUAUGAUCUGGAUGAAAGAUACCUGGAGAUAGACCUCAUACAAAAGGCAGCAAAGAAACUGAAAGAAGACAAAAUGGAGUUUUGGGUACAGCUCACAGAACAGAUGAGGAGUGAAAGAAGGCGAGAGCACACAGAUUUGUGAGAGCUGCAGAGGAUACAGUUUCCUUGUAAAACCUGAAGUCAAAAUUAAUUUGUCAGAAUGCCGAUUUUAAUCUUGACUUUCUACUCACUAAUAUGCAAAUUGUUGUCAUGAUCCCAGUGAAAGGAGACAAUGAAGGGAAGUGCAAGAUGCUCUUGGAAAUAAAAAUCAAUAAUGAAGUGAGCAGGUAAAAAAUAAAGAGUCCUUCAGGCUCAGACAGACUAUAGCAUCUUCUCAGUGGAUAUCUAAAUUGAAUGGUGUUCCUUUGAAAAGGGAGAAGGAGGGGAAUAUUAGUAAAUACACUGAAGUCAAUAAGAAGUUAUACAGAAGAUAUGAUAGGUUUCAGAAUAUACUGUAUAUUCAUUCCACUCUUUUUAUCAAGAAGAUUGAGUCUGAUACUCCUACCACCUCUUUGUGAAAUAGGAAGGAAAUAGCUUGAGAGGAGGAGAGCGUCUAUCAAAAAAGUGCCAUGAGAUCACGUUUUCUUCUUCUGUAAAUUGUUAGGAAUACGUUGUACUUAUGAUUUUUGGGAUGUAUUUUCUUUCACAUAAUUUAGGCUGAUUCCAAGAGAGUGCUGUGAAAGCCACUAACAAGUAUGAACAAAGAACUUCUAUUAAAGUGCAAACUGAUAA